AUGGUGGCUCUUCAGAAUGGCUUGAGAGCUGGGCCAUUCGCUCAGUCCUUAGCCAAGACUCCACCUCGUACUUUCACAGAGGCCUUAGCCCGGGCUAACAAGUACAUCAACGCUGAGGAAGUGAUGAAGGUGAAGCGGGCGGAACAACCUGACAGGAAGGAAAGGGAAAAGGAGAAGAAAAAGCCGGUGGCAAAGCAGAAGACGGACUAUCGCCCCUCCCGAGCUCCUGAUCGCCCGGGUUUUAGGGGUACGCGUGGAAGCCCGGUGAAUUACACUCCCCUCAAUACAAGUCGAGCAGAGAUUCUCCUGGCAUUGGAGGAUAAGAAUUAUUUACGACGUCCUUCGCCGCUGAAAUCUCCACCCAACACUCGAAGCAAAAAGAAGUAUUGUCGUUUUCACCGCGACCAUGGCCAUGAUACUGAAGAUUGCAUCCAACUGAAAGAAGAAAUACAAGAGCUUAUCAACCGUGGAUACCUCCGGGAUUUCGUGGGUCGAGGAGGUACGAGCUCUGGCAGGGUAGAAUCCAAGCCGGAGCAUCGAGGGAGGUCUCUUACUCGAGAUCGCUUUCGAGAGCGAAGCCGAACACCGCCUCGGAGAGAAGGAAAGCAGCCCGCCGAGGAGGGGGGACAGAAGUUUAUCUUGUACACGCUGGCGGCAGGAACAGUUCCAGGGUCCCACUCAACUGCUCCCAAGAGCACGAUAAAGGAAGGGGUGGUCAUCACUUUCUCUGAGGAGGAUCUUCCAAGUUAUCCCAACUAUUCGGACCCUCUGGUGAUCACUGCUCAAGUGGGAGAAUGGGAGAUGAGGCGAAUCCUCGUGGAUCCAGGUAGCUCCUCAGAGAUUCUCUACAAGAGGGCAUUCCUAGGGAUGGGGUUCACGCUCGAUCAGCUGAAGCCAGUCCGUGUCCCAUUGGUGGGUUUCGAUGGAAUGGUGAUCCAUUCUGAAGGUUUGAUCCGGUUGCCCCUGAUGGUCGGUAGUGGUCCUCAUAAAUCCCGGGUGACAUUGGAUUUUUUGGUGGCAGAUGUGCCAUCGGCGUACAAUAUGAUCCUUGGUAGGUCUGGGCUUAUUGCUCUGAGGGCAGUACCAAGUACGUAUCACAUGGUGUUAAAAUUCCCUACUUCUGGAGGGAUUGGCAAAGUAAGAGGAGACCAACGGCAGGCUAGAGAAUGCUACGUGGCCUCUUUGAAUGCCACUAUGGCCAAGGGGUCAGAGUUAGACUCAAAACCGAAUCAGGAGGUGGUCCCUCAAGCUGGUCAGGGCCAGAUGGAGACAGAACAGGUGAGAGACCCAAGUAUAGCAGCAGGUUAG